CUUCAUCACCUUAAUUUAACUUGCGUUUAUCCUUCCUCUUCGAUGUUUGUAAAAAUAUAUAUAAAAUUUGUUAAAAGAAGAUGAGGAUGAGUAAUAAUGAAGAUAAACCCAUAACAUAUGGGGACGUGUUUUUGGUGUCAAGUGAACUUAGUUCAGAAAUUAUAGCACCAGAAGAUGCAUCAAUAAUGCAAUCAGUAGAGAGUCUAGCCCUGGGUCAUGUUCCGCGAGGCGGCCCUGCAUCACUCAUGCAGUCAGCCGCCUCACAGAAUGAGCGUAUUGGUGUUGUAGCUACUAAUGAUUUCGCCACAGAACAUUGCGUUACUGUUUCUCAAGUUGAAGUUGGGGGUACUCUUGUUGUUUCUGAGUCCGUAGGUGGAGAGGUAGUUGCACAGUAUAUUUAUCCAUCAGAAGCAGCAGAUGAAGAGAGAUCAACACGAUAUCCUACGACAGGAGUUCAAGAGGAUGCAGUUACGGUAGGUGAAGCACUAGAGGCUGUGGCACUUAAGCCUGAAGGGAACAAACCAAUUGAACACAGCGAUGCUGCAGCAAUACAAGCUGCAGAAGCAAGAGCUACUGGACGAAGUGAAGUAGUGCCAGGAGGCGUAGGAGCGGAAGCUCAAUGUGCUGCUUCCAUAAAUGCUCAAACGGAUGACAAGACCACACUCAGAGAUGUGCUAAAAGAUGCAACGAGCAAGCUUAUAGAAGAUAAAGCAGCGAAGAGGGAAGAUGCAGAAGGCGUGGUGGGUGCUGAAAUAAGAAAUACGCUCGACUUGGCUAUACAUCCGGGAGGUGUAGCAGCCUCCAUCACCAUAGCAUCUGAUCUCAACAAAUUCUAAUGAAUGUUUUGGUUUUGGUUUUUGUCUAGGUAGUUGAGUGCAGUGACACGGAUUCAGGACCUUUUCGGAAUUUUGAAUCCUCUAAAUUACUAGUCAACCUUUAGUCUUGUAUUAAAGAGAUUAAAAAAAUUAACUUAAUUUUUUUUUCGAGGGGGUUUUGAUGAAUAAUCUGACAACCUUCUAAAUCCGCCCUUGGUUGAGUGUACAUAUAUACA